AUGGAAAGAAUUAAGGAGCGCCUUCAAUCCAUCCGAGCAGAGGCCGACAAAUCUAUUGCCCGUGCUGAGGAGGCAGAGGCAAAGAACAAGAAACUAGAGCAGGCACUCCUCGAAAAGGAGCAGCUCAACCAGAGUCUGCAGAAGAAGGUCGAGAUUCUUGAAACAAAGCUUGACACAUCGGAUGCAUCCUCAAAAGAUACAAAGGAGAAGCUAAGGCAGCUCGAUAUCAGGGCAGAGCACCUUGAGAAACGUGUAGUACGGCUGGAGCAAGAACGUGACGAAAUCGAGAAGAAGUAUGAGGAUGUACAGGCAAAAUAUACCCAAUCCAAGAACGAGAUGGCCGAGCUUGUCGCCAGCAUGGAAAACCUAUGA